CUUGUAGCGCUAAAAGUCUGCUCUACUUUUGACCAUUCCAUCAUUUUUGCAUUUUCCUCACAUAUAAUGCCAGUCCUGUUGGUACAGGUGGCAAGAAAGUGUAUUGAUUUUCCACAACAAAGGAUUGGUCAAGUAUUUAAGGUCAGCCUUGUUUCACGAUUCUUCAGUCACAUUUUCCCAAGUCUCUUGGAACAUGCCCGCCCAACCAUUGUUGUUCUUCUUCUUGUUGCUUUUGGGUUCUCCUUCCUUGCUCAUCCAUGGAUUGAGUUUCCAAGCUGAGCACAUUAUUGUGGAUGCCAAACGACUGGAGCCUUUGGUGCUGAGUACGGCCACCCAACAAUGCCCAUUGAGCCCAUUUCCCUCGGGUCAGUGGCCUAUGUUUGGCGGGCAGGUGGACAGCCGUCCCACCAUCUGCACCCACGGGCGGAACUACGGGGACAUGUCCAAAUGCUACCAAUACAUCGGCCGCAGGUGGUCCCAGACCUUCCAAAUGCCCGAGAGCAUCAUGUCAGCCACGAGCCACGCAGAUUAACAAAGGCUCGGACAUGUGGGUGGCCAGUGGUCGAAUGACGCCCAAGGGCAAAUCCUGGCCCCAGUACACUAACAAGACUUACAUUGUCCAGGGGCCCCAGGACAUUCAACCCGGUAUCGACUUGCCAUACCACAGUCGCUCGCCACAGCUACUUCACUUCAGUGGCGAGAAAGUGCUCUAUGUGGCCUUCCACCGACUACCGACUUUGGAACAAGGUGCUGGUCAGCAUCAUCGAUCUGGAUGAGGUCACACCCACAUGGACCUCGCUGACACCUUAUACAAGAGUGGGGCGUGGAGUCCGAUACCGCUAUUUUGUGGUGGCUCCGACGAGCGGCAACACUGAACCGAAAUUGUUUGCGUUUUCCGCGGCCAAUUCGUAUUAUAGUGAUGAUGUGACUUUGACGAGUCAGGUCUUGGAUUUGGCCACCAACCAAUGGUCCACAGGCCCGAGUGCUACCAACUCUUAUCGUCAGUUUUCAACCGUCUAUGGACACGGCCUGUUUUUCGAGGGAGAGGUCUACGUUUUCGGCAAUUCAAUGGGCCUUGAAUCGUUUUGAUAGGCCCGUCCAUUUGGACGAGAAUAACAAAAUUGAAGGCUUGCACUUUCCCCUGGAAAACGGAUCGGGUAAAUGGACCGGGAUUAAGAACACGGCCAAAAGUACCGAUUCCUAUUUCCUUGACUAUGUGUCUUGUUCAGGCAUGGUCGAUUGCUAGAGAGAUGCUAAAGAAAUGAAAUACAUUGCACCAUUAUUGUC